GGGGGCGUGGCGUGCGCAUGCGCGCGCCGCCUAACCUACCCGGAUGUAGCGGGACGAGGCGCUACCGCCAUCUUUGCCCGGAGAGCAGUGAGCUGAUCGUGGCUGAGCCCCCCCGCCAGACCCAUCGGUCUCCAUCCACCCGCGCAGCCCCCGCCGCCCUCACUCGCCGGACAUGGACGAUCGGGAGGACCUCGUCUAUCAGGCCAAGCUAGCCGAGCAAGCUGAGCGCUACGAUGAAAUGGUUGAAUCAAUGAAAAAAGUGGCUGGAAUGGAUGUGGAGUUGACAGUUGAAGAACGAAAUCUGCUGUCGGUUGCAUACAAAAAUGUGAUUGGAGCUAGAAGAGCUUCUUGGAGAAUAAUCAGCAGCAUUGAACAGAAAGAGGAAAACAAGGGUGGAGAAGACAAAUUAAAGAUGAUCCGGGAGUAUCGGCAAAUGGUUGAGACUGAAUUGAAACUAAUCUGUUGUGACAUUCUGGAUGUACUGGACAAACACCUCAUUCCAGCAGCCAACACUGGCGAAUCCAAGGUUUUCUAUUAUAAAAUGAAAGGGGACUACCACAGGUAUCUUGCUGAGUUUGCCACAGGAAAUGACAGAAAGGAAGCUGCUGAGAACAGCCUGGUGGCUUAUAAAGCUGCUAGUGAUAUUGCAAUGACAGAACUUCCACCAACACAUCCCAUCCGCCUAGGUCUUGCCCUCAACUUCUCUGUUUUCUACUAUGAAAUUCUUAAUUCUCCUGACCGUGCCUGCAGGUUGGCAAAAGCAGCUUUUGAUGAUGCUAUUGCAGAACUGGAUACACUGAGUGAAGAAAGCUAUAAGGAUUCUACACUUAUCAUGCAGUUGUUACGUGAUAAUCUGACACUAUGGACUUCAGACAUGCAGGGUGAUGGUGAAGAACAGAGUAAAGAAGCGCUGCAGGAUGUGGAAGAUGAGAACCAGUGAGACAUAAAGGCCAAUAAGAGAUCCCCCCAUCUCUGUCCCCUGUCACCUCUCCCCCCCCCCCCGCCCUCCCCAGCCCCUCAGUGUCACUGGGAACCAUCCAAUCGAUUGUUUGCGAUGCCUCCCAGAAUUUAGGUUCCUGCCCUUGUUGGUUUAAUUUUUUUUUUUUUUACACAAUUGAAAAUUUCUUUAAAGGCAAGAGUGAAUGUCUGUGGAUUUGACUGGUGCCAGCGUCCAGUUUCUUUAAGACACUAACCAGACUGGCUGCAUAGAGGCUUUUUUUCUCCCUUGUCACUCUGUGGUCUUCUGUCAGGGGUCGAAGGUGACAUCUGGAAGCCGUUAGAAAUCCUAGAGAGGGAGGCUUGUUGCGCUGUGCAAAGGGUGCACGCAGUGGCAAUUUUUUUCCUUUUUUUUAUAAUUGUUUAAACAAUUUUAUACCAGUGUUUAAAAUUAAUUGGGUGUUUAGCUUGAAGUUACAGGUUGCAUUGAAACAGUUCUUUGUAAUGGUUUUGCUGUAAAAGAGAACAACACCAACAAACACACACACACACACACAGACAAAAAAAAAACCAAACUGUGCUGAGAUCUUGCUACAAGAAGACAGUGCUGGUAACAGUUCAGCAAUCCGUGGCUGCUCAUUCUUGCCUUCUCAUUUUCCCUCCAAGCAGGUUAGCAUUGAAGGUGGCGUUUAAAAAAAAAAAAAACAGCCUGCAUGUGUGUUCAAUAUUUUUCUCUCCCCUCCCCCCCCCCCCUCGCUAGCUCAACCUCUUUUGUUCAGUAUGUGUAACUUGAAGCUAAUUUGUACUACUGGAUAUCUGACUGGAGCCACAGAUACAGGAUCUGUAUUGUUCUUACUGAAACACAGCAUGGAAUUAACAUUAAACUUAAAUAAAACAACCCUAAAUUAAAACGA